AUGUUACUACUCCCAAUCCUCAUCGCCCUCGGCGUGAUCCUCGCCAUCCGCCUCCUCAAAACCCCCAACCUCUCCAUCCCGGGCCCAUUCAUCGGGCGCUUCACCAAUCUCUGGUAUCUAUGGCAGAUGAAACGGGGCGACUUCCACAAAACCAACAUCCAACUGCAUGAGCGAAACGGACCGGUCGUGCGCAUCGCCCCCAACUAUUUCAGCCUUUCAGACCCUGCCGCCGCAAAAGCCAUUUACGGGCAUGGGAGCAAGUAUGCGAAAUCGGAAUGGUACGAUGCGUGGACCUUCUCGCCGGACCCCAAAAUCACGAAUUUGUUUUCGGAGCGGAAUGGGCAGCGCCAUGCGGGGAUGCGGAGAAAGGUCGCGGCGAUGUAUUCGAUGACUUCGCUGGUGGCCUAUGAGCCGUUUGUGGAUAAUUGUGUUGGCAUAUUUAAAGAAAGAUUAGAGGAGUUUGCGAGCGAAGGCACGGUGAUUGAUGUAGCGCAUUGGGUGCAGUGUUAUGCGUUUGAUGUUAUUGGGGAGAUUACAUUCGGUAAACGAUUCGGCUUCCUCGAUCGAGGCGAGGAUAUCCGGGAUGUCAUGGCCUUUCUCGACCUGAGCUUCACCGUAUCCUCCUAUUCCGGUCUGUAUAUCUGGCUUCGACCGUACUUUUUGCGGCUGGCAAAGGCCAUGGGCAAGAACCAAACCUACGUGAACCAGUUUACGUAUAAACACGUUAUGGAGGCAAAGAAAGCUCACCAAGAAAACAAAGAGAAGCAAUCUGCUUCGAAUCUCCCAGAGUUCAUGGUGAUGAAACUCAUUGAACUGCAAGAUAAACAAUCUAACGAUGCCGCUGCCAUGAUGGACUGGGAUGUCAUGUCUACUGCGGGCGCGAACGUGGGUGCCGGCAGUGAUACGACAGCUAUCAGUUUGUCCUCUGUGUUGUAUUAUAUGUACAAGACGCCUGGAUGUUUGGAGAAAGUACGCAAGGAGAUUGAAGAGAGCAGGAUGCCAGAAAAGCCGACAUUCAAGGAUGCACAGGCGAUGGUUUAUCUGCAGGCUGUUAUCAAAGAGGCGUUGCGCAUCCAUCCUGGCGUCGGGUUUCCGCUGUUCAGAACUGUUCCUCAAGGUGGUGCGAUGCUUUCUGGGAGAUAUUUCCCUGAAGGAACUAACGUUGGUGUCAACUCCUGGGUUGUUCAAUACGAUACGGAGGUUUAUGGACCAGAUGCCGCGAUCUUCAGACCAGAACGAUGGCUCGAGUCCGACAAAGAGAGACUCACAGCGAUGGAACAGAACUUUAUGCCAUUCGGGAUGGGAUCAAGGACCUGUAUAGGGAAGAAUAUCUCACUUCUGGAGAUGAGCAAGUUGAUUCCUGUCUUGGUCAGGGACUUUGAUAUGGAAUUCAGCGACGAUAUCAAGGCUAGCAUCGGUGUGAAGAAUCGCUGGUUCGUGAAGCCUACAAAUUUCCAGGCUAGAAUGAUCAAAAGAACUGUAUAG